UCAACGCUUUUCUCUUCUUCCUCGCUCUGAGCCUCUGCUCUAUUCUCUGGUUUGAAUUCCAAUUUGGACGACAAAUGGGGAAACGAGAGAAAAAACCUAAUCGACGUCGCCACAAAGGUGAAUUUUCGAAUGAUACUGAAGAUUUCUACGAUCAACACCCGCCGGUUGUUGCCUCCGUCGACGACGAAGAUGAAGAAAACUCUGAGGAAGAAGAAGACGAAAACUGUAAUGAAGGAAACGAAUCAUCGGAUUUGCCGUCAAAGUUUCUUCUUUACCAACAAUCUGUUCAGUCACCAAAAGGAGACAUAAGUUACUUGCAGAAGUUCUUUUUAAUGUAUGUUGGUGGAAGACAACCUCUCCAUUUUCAAGAAGAUUUUUGUGGCACUGCUCUUUUAAGUGCGGAGUGGCUCAAGACUGACACAAGGCGGACUGCUAUAGGGCUAGAUUUUGACCUUGAGGCGUUAGAAUGGUGCAUGGAUAACAACAUUAGUAAACUUGGUUCUGACGUGUAUUCAAGAAUGUCGCUUUUUCAUGGGAAUGUUUUGAGUCCUCUUGAGGCUAAGCAAGUGAAAUCUAAAUCCCAUGAGCUGAUACAAAAUAUAAGCUUGGAUGAUGGUGAUGAUAAUGAAGAUUUGGUUGAUCCUAGCGUUGUCGAAUCUUUAGAGAAAGAUGGACCUGAUUCGUUACCGAAGAGGGAUAUCGUGUGUGCUUUUAAUUUUAGUUGCUGUUGUCUCCACAAACGCUCGGAGUUGGUUUCUUACUUCAAGAAUGCACGUGAUGCUUUGUCCAAGAAAGGUGGUAUUUUCGUGAUGGAUUUAUAUGGAGGUGCUUCUGCUGAGGGACAGUUGAAGCUUCAACGGAAAUUCCCAAAUUUCACUUAUACAUGGGAGCAGGCUGAGUUUGACAUUUUAAGUCGCAAGACAAGGAUCAGUCUGCACUAUCACCUUCAGAAGCAGAACAGAAAGAUUCGCCAUGCUUUUUCAUAUAGCUGGAGACUGUGGUCAUUACCGGAGAUAAAGGACUGUAUGGAGGAAGCUGGGUUUAGCUCAGUCCAUUUCUGGCUCAGAGAAAUGCCGGACGCUUCUGAAAUGCGUAGAACAGAUGGGUUUGGUGCUGGACGUGAUAUCAAGUACGAACAAGUCAAGAGCUUUCAACAGUGUGAUUCUUGGAAUGCUUACAUUGUUGCGGUCAGCCUUUAGUUAUGCUUUCUAUCUUUUGAUCAAAAGCUAUGAAACCUGACACUAGCCCUUUAAAUCAGAUCCUUUGUCGAUUUUACAUCUGGUAUUUAUUUCUGACAUGCACUGGUUUAGUUUUAUGCACCAAUAAUCAAGGAUAAGUUGGGAAACAUUCCCCUCCGUAGAUUUGUCAUGUGGUCUUUGUUGAAGCAAUUGGAUUCAUACCUCUA